GAUCACUCUCCGGAAAACUUCACUGCAGCUAGCAGUUGUUUUUGGUGUGAGGGGGCAGAGCGAAAUUGACAGAAAUGGCAUCAAGGACCAAUUUUGAUGUUGUCAUGGUGAUUAAGAAAUACCACAUCAAGGGGAAGCAGAUAAGAGAUGUCUGUAAUAACUCGGAGACCGUCGUCAUGGUUACGUCGGAAGGGCGUGUCUAUGCGUGUGAUGUGUCAGAUGUCAGCAAACAGCAUAAAUAUGUCAGGGUGAAUUUUCCGACAUCCGGAGCGGCCGACGACGACGCAAUCAUGAACGUGAGCUGCGGCCGUUCUCACUUUCUCGCGCUCUCUGCCCGUGGUCGCGUUUACAGUUGGGGUAAGAAUGAUAACGGGCAACUCGGACGUUCUUAUGACAUGUAUGAGAAACAAAGACCUAAUCAGGUCCAUCAAGGACAGAAGGAGGAGAAACACACUCCAAGGCUUAUCACUGAACUUUCAAACCAAAAGGUCAUCAAAAUAGCAUGUGGGCAUGACCACUCCCUCGCCCUUACACAAGGAGGGAGCUUGUAUUCUUGGGGAAGAACUAAGGUGAAGCGACGUACCCGCUGUCCGUCUUUAGUCGAAGGUCUUCCGAGUGGUAUGGUAAUUCAACAUAUUGCCACUGGGGGCGAUCACACCCUCGUUGUUUCCGAUGCUGGUGAUGCAUAUGUUUGGGGCUUUGACGCAGACGGACAACGCAAACAACUGAAGCAAAACGAUGAGGAAUUUCCUGCGUUUGUUAAGAAGGGAGUGAAGAACGCUAUCUGUACUAACAACUCUACGACUCUCCUGUACGAGACCGGCGAACUGGAGGUAUUUUGGAAGGGUGCGAAAAUUCAUUCAGUCCGACAGAGGUUUAAACCAGAGAUGAGUCAGGAACGAACAGACAGUGAUUGUUGCUUCUCAUCUUUAACAUCAUCUGGUCGGCAUACGUUCCUGAUCCAUCAGUCAGGCGGAAAGCCGCUUCUUCUGGACACUAGCAAAGCUUCUGAAUGCCCGCGACUUGAUUCAUUAGAGGAAACAACAUUUGGGGAUGCUUUCAGAUCCAAAGCGCUUCCAGAAUGGCCACCAGGACAUGAUGAUAUCGACAUCAAACUGUUUAAGAUUCCAAAAAUCGGAAACAAUAGUGAAAGGAGGCUACUCUACGUCAUAUUGCAUGACAAAGCGUUGCGGUGUAGUGGUUCUGAAUCUGGUUCCGUGGGUCGUUGGUUGACUUGGCUCAUACCCCCGCUCCCUUCUUUCUUCACGCAAUUCUUCCAAAACUACAUGCUGACCUCAAGUUCAACGAAGGAUCGUCAAAAUGAGAUGCCAAUUCUCUCAAAUGAGCUGCUCCAGAGUUUGAGUGAGGUUGACGAAACCAUCCCCAUGGAAACAAACAGCAGCGAGCCAAUCAAAGAAGCGAGGGAGAUAUUCUCAUCACCGGCAUGUUUGAAUGCAUCUUUCCCAAUGGCAGGGCCACAUGCCGAUAACGACUUGGAUAUUGAUUUGAAGGCGGCAAGGAAGGCUUUCAAACUGAUCGCCUCGAAGGAGAUACUUCUUGAAUGGAUAGCUGAAGUCGUAACCAAUGACAUGUGCAGAACCAUCCAACUUGAACAGCUGACCGAUAUGGACCUUCAAUUUUUCUUCAUUCUUCUCGAGUGCCCUAUUUUUCACUAUCCUCAAUUUCCGUGGUGCCGGAAGGUUUUGACCGCUCUAGGAAAAUUGUUGAUAUCUGGUCACGGCAAACGGAACGUCUUAAGUCGAUUGGAAAGGUGGUGGGCAUACGAACCCGCGUCCUUUCACGGAACAGUGGCUACCUAUCGGGGAGCUAUCAGCAUGCUCGCAGAAAACAGUGUUCUCCAAGCGGAUGAACAGGACAACUUCAAGACGUACCUCAACGUUCUACAAUGCCUUCACGAGAUCAAUAUCAAGCACGACAUCAUUAAUUUUAAAACAUUCUACCUGACUCACCUGAACGCAAGCGGUCUGGAAGAGGAUUUGGAACGCUCCAUGCAACAUCAACCUCGAUGGAGAGUCUCGAAGUACUUUCUCUCGUUCAUUCAAGCUGAGAGAUUUUCUUGGUUGUCCUAUCCAUUCCUUAUUGAUCUGAAAACCAAGGCAUACCUGUUGGAAUCACAAUGCAAGAGAGAGCAAAAUAAUGCCGUGGAAACUAAAAUAGAUACUAUUCGACGUGAUUUAAAGCAACACAUUCCACAGAUAUUCCCCGGAAUUACCCUGAAUUCCCGGGAGUUCUCAAUCCUCUUUGAAUAUCCGUGUGAUAAUAUGCCUCCUCCACGCCUUUACCUUGUUGUGAAUCGGGAUCACAUCUUCGGAGGAAGGGUACGGCAACAACUCUUAGAGAUGCUGACGAGACCCAGGACUGAUCGUCAGAUGCCGCUCAUGGUCGUCUUUGAAGGGGAAAGAGGUAUUGACGAAGGAGCGUUGAGUCUGGAAUUCUUCAGGCUUGUUUUCCAUGACCUCCUGGAUCCGGAAAAGCACGAUAUUUUCCGAUAUAUUAACGAAGAGGACCCGACUCAGUCAAAAGUCUGGUUUCGAGAGGAAUGCUCGAGCAUUGAUAAUGCGAAGAUAUGUGGUCUUCUACUUGGAUUAUCACUGUACAACAAGGCAUUUGUACCCAUACCGGCUUUUCCACAAGUCCUCUAUGCAAAGCUGCUCGGAAAGGGUCCUGGUAGUGAGAUGGAGGAAUUAGAAAAGCUGGAUAAGGAAUUCGCGGAUCAAAUGAAGAAACUCCUCGAUAGCUCGGAGGAAGAGGUACAGGGGAUUUGCUACGGUGAGGAGAUAGAGCUCGAUGAUGGACGACUCGUGGACGUCACUAAAGAAAAUGUACGCCUGUAUGUCGAGAAGAAGAUACGGCAUUAUCUCGCUCCGUCACAGUUUGCGGCAUUCAAAGACGGGUUCUAUUCUUUGUGGGAUGCCAAAAUCCUGGGUAUCUUCAGACCUGUCGAGUUCGAAGCUCUUAUCAAUGGCGAGAACUACUUCGAUUGGAAGGAUCUAGAGAUGUCCACACGUUACUUAGAGCCCUACACUGACUCGCAUCUGACGAUCAAGAUGUUCUGGGAAUGCUUCCACGCUCUAGAUGACGGCCAGAAGAGAAAGUUCCUCGUUUUUGUGGCGGGGACUGAUCGUGUACCGGUCGGUGGAUUAAGAGACUUCCAUCUCACGAUCGCUGAACUUCCGAUCCCAGAAGAUGCAGAGGAGACUCCUGAAGAGAGAUUGUCCUUGCUGUGCCCGAUGGCCCACUGCUGCGAUAACAACCAGUAUAACCGAACACUCAAACUUCCCAUGUACACUAGUAGAGAGAUGAUUGAGGAUCGCUUGGGGACAGCACUGUCCAUGUACAACAUCCCAUUUCAUAUUGCUUAGGGCUCAGUGAAUAUACAGAAAUAGAGGUAGGCCUAGCAGUGUUAAUUGAUGAACCUUCAAAAAGCAGAACCUGCUGAUGGAGCUUCGCAAAGCAAAAGCUAGGCCUAAUUGCCACUGGCAUACAAUACUGAACCUUGUACGUAUACGACACCCAUUUCAUAUAGUGAUCAGUGAAUACAUGCAGAAAAUAAUUGAAGAGCCUUCAAAAACGGAAUCUGAUUGUCAAUAAAGCUACGUAUAGUGGUAACUGAUAGGCCUUACCUUAGAACGCCAAAAAGCAAAAGCUCACUGCCACUGGUCUAGAACAUUGUCUCCCAACACCCCCAUUCCAUAUUGUUUAGUGAUCAGUGCAUAAUUUAUAUACGGACAGAGGAAGAAGUUUUGUUGAACCUUCAAAAGCGAAUCGAACCUGCUGAUCCAAAACUGAUGUUGGAGCGUCGAACAGCAAAAGCUACUCAGUUGUUUCGAAUACUGCCCCUCGUACAAUUGACUCGUUCCAUGUUGCUCAGUGAGCACAUACAGCUAGAGGAAGUAGCAGUGUCGUUAAGGUGGGUUGAUGAUGUCACAUCCUCACUUGUUCUGUUGUAUUACAUGAAAUUAGGUUUAUUCAUUUUCUUUCCU